AUGUUACCAUCAUCAUCCCUCACCAAUGGUGGUAGUCAUCACUCAAAUUUUUCGGAUGAUAAUAAUGGAGGUGGAAAGGAUGAUUCUACUGGUUUUCCAAAUUAUAUCAAGUCAUCAGAACAAAAGAGGUUGAGAGUUACAUCACUUGAUGUUGUGGAUGAAUAUUCUACGAAUUGGAAUACACCCGGUGAUGAAAUGGUAACCACAACGUAUAAGAGAAGUAUUAUUUCUCCCUUCCUCAUAUACUUGAUAAAAAGUAGUGGUUUGAUUCUUGAUUUUCCGGAUCAAGUACUUUUUGGACCAAUACCAAAAUCCUCUCUUCUUCUAGGACCUAAUAGCGUAACAAAACCAACAGCCAAUACUUGUCUCUUGGAAUUUUUAAGACAAGAACAAGUGGACUUUAAAAGCUUUUUACCACCAUUUCUUUCCCUCUUCUUCAAGUCAAUCAAGGAACAACCUGGACAUUUUUCAUCAAUUGCAACAUUUACCAAAAUGAAUGAAAAAGUGGAUUCUUACGAGUAUGAUGAAAUGCAGGAUGUUUUUGUUAAUGGAUUUAGAAAUUCACCUUACGAGUUUAAUCCUAAUAACACUGUGCAGCCAAAUGAAGUUGAUACUGUAUUUGAUUUUUUACAUGAUUGUAUAACUCAUGAAUGUAUAGGAACUGUGAGCUGUUCUGCUUACUUUGUCAUUACAGAAUUGGUGAAAAUAAUGUCAGAAAUGCCAAAGACUGUGAAAUCUGACUAUGACAUUGAAAUUUGCAAGAGGUAUCUCUCAUUCAUCAACAACAUGUUCAAGAGUAUUUGCACUUAUAGUAUUAAAUUUGCAACUCAAUCAGCCUCUAGAAAAAGUGAUGAACACUUGAUUUUGGAAACUCUUGUUGUAGUUUUUCGAGUCAUGAUCAUGUUCCUCAGCACUAAUCAUAGAAGUUGUAAUGGAAGAGAUGAAGAAUUGAAGCAUAUUGUAAAUGACCUUGUUUAUAGAGUUGCCAGUAUGAUGCCAUUCUACAAGCUCAUGAAUUUAGUGCACUCCCUAACAACCAAACAUGUUGCCACUCAAUUUCCACUUUCCAUUAUUCAAGAUUUAAAGGUCAAGACCCAAAAGCUCAGAAAGAUGCUUAGCAUGUGUUGUGAAAAUGCCAGAUCAAUCGUAUUUUUGCAACAUCUUCCUGUGUGUGACUAUUCACAUGCAAUGCAAUAUAAUGGAAGCUCUUCUAAGAAUGAUAUCAAUUUCAAGUUUGGACUCUUUACACCAAAGAGAGGUUCUACUGAAUGGAUUAGAAAAGUUCAAAGAUUAUCCAGUGCCCUCUCGCAACAUAUUUGUUGUGAUGCAUUCGAAGUAAUUCCUGCUCUGGAUAAGAAAUUUCAAUACAAUACCGAAAAGAAAAAUCAAGAAGAAUUGGAAAAGUGUAAAACAAAUUUUACCAAAGAAAUGCUUCAUGAAGCUGUUGUGCUCAGAGUUCUUCAAUUACUCGAUGAAAAGGACAUGUAUCCAGCUGCAGAGAAUAUCUUUACUGAUGUAUCUAAGGGAAUAAUUGGAAAAUGGAUUUUAUUGGCAAAUCAAAUGUACGCUUUCAUUACUCGUAAAGUAAUGCUAAAUAUGAGAAUAGUAUUAUUUGGAGAAGAUGAAUUAUCAGAUUCAACCACUCUCCAUCAUAAGGGUAAUUUUAUUAACAUUUCAAAAGAUCCAACUGUUGAAGCAAGUUAUCAGUUGUUAAGCAUUAGAAAAUGCGUAGAAUUAUAUGGAGAUCAUAUGAAAGAUCAUUUCAUUAUUUGGCUCCUCCUCCAAGUACAUCCUGUAUUGGAAGCUAAACGUUUCUUUGAUGAUCCAUUGUGCGAAAGAGAAUUCAUCAAGCUCGUACAAGAAUUGAAAGAUAAGAAUUAUACUAAGUGGCGCCCAAGUGAGGAAGAAUUGAUCAAUACUCACUAUUCUUACAUUCUCCUAAGACGUCUUAACAAGGAUGAUCAGGCCCACAUUAAGGAAUUUGAAGAGUGGAGAAAUACCUACGGUAAAAAUCUUUACAAUCUCGAUGAAAUUGGGUUGAAGAGAUUAUUCUUACUUUCCUCAUACUUUACCAAACCAAGUUCAGACUUUUUAAUUGAUUUUUUGAAAAAGCCAGAUCUGGUCGAAUCUAUCAAAACUAUUCCUAAUGAUUCAGGCAAGAUCGAAUUGUUCUAUCCAUUUGAAGGAAAAAUUGUUCCUCUCAGUGUAAAUAUGAUUCUUGUAUUGUCUGUUCAUGCCAGACACAGACUCUUUGAUAGCUUGUGUGAUAGCCUGAAAAAUCUUACGCCCCCACAACCAAAAACUGAUGGUGGCAACUCUCAACCAACAACAACAGAUAAUUUUACAGAAGCUUACAUUCCUCCUGCUAUUGUAGAAACCCUCUCCAGAACUCUGUACUGUUUGCCAUUUGCUGUCAAUAAUUUCAAAGAUCUUCUCGAAGGAAAGACUCGUAGUAAUCAUUGUAAUUAUGUAUUUUUGGAAAUUAUCAACUUUAGAUUGAUGAGAUAUUUGAGAUACUUUGGUGGAGACAUUUUCUUCCACUUGUACAUUGAAAUUUAUCUAGCCAUUGGUAAUACUACCUUGGAAAAUAACCAUCACCGUCUCUAUUUAUUACUUGAAAACUUUUGUAUCAAGGCCAUGUUGUACUUGAUUACAGAUUCUAAACGUGUUGUACACUUUUUCGAUAAGAAUGCCUCUAAAUUACCUCCAGAGAAAAUUUCUGAAACCUUCAAAAGAACCUUAAUAAGUGCUUGUAUGAAGGUUUUCAAAUUGUCUCCAAUCAAAUUAACUAAUCUUGACAAAUCUAAGAAGGUAUUGCAACGUUUGGUGAGUGUUUGUGGAAAAACAGUCGAAGAGUUUGGAAAACUAACAUCCAAGACAAGACUCUACCCAGACUUUAUUAAAACAUCAUUUGAGAAUAUCAAGAUUACUGAAACAGAAGCUCCAUCAACAGUAGCACAACAGAAAAACGAUCCUAAAAAACCAGAAGAUCCAAAAGAGAUUCUCAAAAAGGUAGAGAACCUUUGUGAUAGCUUUUGGGAUAAACGAGAUAAGGUUAGCACCAUGAAAAACCUUGAGAAUAUUCCACACUCUAAUUAUUUAUUAUGCGCUAUUUGGAGCAGAGUAUUUGAGAAAGAAUUUAGUAAGGAAAAAGUUGCUUUCUGGAAGAAAUGGAUACCAAUGUUACUUCCUCCAAGAUUGUUGGUGGAUAGUGUUUACAAGAUGAUUAACCAUGUACUUGAUGAAUUUUUAUCUGAAGAGAAUGAAUCAGGAGAUCAAGAUGAAUCCAUAUUCGUCAAAGUUAAGCAAGUCUCAAGUACUUUGACUAAAUUGAUUUGGGAAUUUGAAUUUUUACCUUUGGAAACUGUUUGUCUUGCACUCAUUGAUAGAGCUAAAAAUGAAGAUCCUAAUCUAUCAAACAAGCCAACAGAGGAUUCAACUGAAAAGAAGGCUAUCGAACACAAGUAUGCCCAUAAUAUUCUUCUCCUCAUUAUUACUGAUAAUCAAUUUUCCAAGAGAGUUGACUUAUUCUUGGAUCUUAAUCGCAAUCCUAACUUGUUUGAUGUAAAUGAUAAUUUCACUGCUCACCACAAGUAUCACUCCCAAUAUCCAGAAGGAUUUGGUGCAAUGAAAACAGAUGAUUUUUUGAAUGCUAAUCCAUCCUAUUACAAUAAUAUUUGCUUGAGAAUGAUUCCAAUACUUGAUUUAAUUUGUAGACGUUUAUGCGAAUUGAAUUUGUUUGACUUUUUACGUCAAAUAUUGGAUAAGUAUGGUGGAUUAUUUGCCUACCACGAUUAUCCAAUGACAUUUGUGAAGGAAUUACUACUUUACUAUGUUGAUUUGCCAAUUGAAAUUAAGGAAAUGCUCUUUACCAUUAUUUGCAAGAAUGAAAAGUAUCUGUUAUCUGAUAUGGAUGCAAGCUUUUCUGCAGUUGCCAAAUCACACUUUGGAAUUUCUGUGGACGAUUCAAACUUUAUCAAAAAGACAGGAAAGACCUAUAUAGACCAAACAUUUGAUCUUCAUUACUUUUUAACUUUGAUUACCAAUAUUUCUGAAGUAUUGCCAACAAUUCAGGAACCCAGAGCCAAUCAUACCUACAUUAAUCCAAAACAUAUUUUCUAUGAAUUUUCCAAUACAUUCGAAUUGCGUUUGAAUGCUGGAAUUAUUGAAGUAAUGUGUUUGCCAUUAACUCUCCAAGAAAUUAUUUCCAAACUCGUGGAUUGUCUCAUCCAGAACACAUCAGUCUGUCCACCACACCAACUCUUCAAAUGCUCCUAUACCACUGGCUUGUUCUUGGCCUCUCUUCCAAAUUACUCAACUCCUACCUCCCCAUCAGUUUCAGAUUGUCUCUUUGCCAUUCUCAUGCAUUUCUUGCAUGCUAAUCCUCAUCCACUUCUUGUAAAUGACUUAGAAAAUACUCACGAAAUGGGAAAAGUUGUGAAAACUCCAUCUGAAUGCCUCUUGUGUAUCUUGCAGACAUUCCUGUACUCUUCAGGUCACGAAUCAUUUAUUAGUUUGAGAAAAUUCCUUGCCAAAGCCAGAAAAUCACAAACCUCUAAAUUGGAGACAAGGGAACAAUUCUACAUGGUCUGUAGAUUACUUGCCCCAUUCAUUCCAAAAUUGCACAGUGACAAGUGGACAAAUUCUGACUCUGGUCCUGCUCAAGACAAGGAAAUGAAGAUUCUUUUGGAAUCCUCUUUCCAAGAAUUAGUACUUUUAUUUUUGACUAUUGAAUGGGAUGUUUGUCCUGAAAUUAUUCUUGCCAAGAAGAGAAAGUAUUCUACUGUUGCAACUUCGUUAUUCAAACAAAAUGAUGGUGACAUAUCUGAAGAUGAAAUGUUAGAACAAAUUCUCUACUUUUUCCAACAUUUAUUCCACAUUCUCUAUUCUACCUCUCCACCUUCACGACAACAAUUUUUGACCUCAUUCUAUAAGGAACUAGACAAGUGCACCAAUACAGCACUGAAAGUUAGACUAAGAAUUAUUUUCACACAAAAGGAAGUCGUUGUUGAGCCUGAAAAGCCUUAA